AUGGGCACAACCUCAACAACCAACACCAUGUGUGGAAGCUACUACGGAAACUCUUAUGGAGGCUGCGGCUAUGGAGGCUGCGGCUAUGGAGGCUGCGGCUACGGAGGCUGUGGCUAUGGAGGCUGCGGCUAUGGAGGCUGUGGGUACAGAGGCUGUGGCUAUGGAGGCUGCGGCUAUAGAGGCUGCGGCUAUGGAGGCCUGGGCUGUGGCUAUGGCUCCUGCUAUGGCUGUGGCUUUCACAGACUAGGCUGUGGCUAUGGCUUUGGUUCUGGCUGUGGCUAUUACUACUGA